AUGUCAACUGCCCCUACGACAACCUGGAAUCCAUCUAGUCUUCUUGCAUAUGAUGCACUCCCGAAUCAACUGGACGACUCUGACUCGGACGUGAAGUCUGCGACCAAUUUCUACGACCGCAGUCUGACAAGUCGUAGGUGUGCCCUGGCUGGUGUGGCAUGCACAAGUAUUGCCAGCUGCUGUUGCAUCAUAGCAGGCGCUGUUAUCACCGCUUCUGGAGGUGCAGCCACUGUGAUGUCAGCCGGACGCAGCGGCGUCGCGCUGCGGAAAGAGAUGCUGGUCAUCUCACUAAACUUGAUCGUCACAUUAUGCACCGAAUCCACAGGUUUCGUACACAACAUCUCAUUGCGCUCUGCGCUGGACUCAGAGUCCCGGCUUAGGUUCAACUCUAAUCUGCGCCUUUUGACCGCAGCUCGUGGAUGGAGCAACCCCAAUGGUGCCCUGCUUAACGGCAUCAUGGUUGUCCUACUCAUCAUAUCCUAUAGCUCAGUCUCACUGGUCACAUUAACUUGCUAUGUGAUGUCUCUCUAUGAGAAGACUGUGUUAGAAGUCGAUAUCAUAGGGAUGCCUCUUCUGGUUUUGGGUAUCGCACUUCUUCUCCAGGUGGUGAUCGCAUUGUCAGGGAUGCGGGCUGCCAAGAUAUUGACGUGGAGUUCUUCAUCUUUGGAUCUAACCCCUGCUCUGAUCCACCACUCGCAAUUGACCCCAGUUCUUCUCCGGUGUAUGCGCAGUGUGUCCGACUUCGAUGUGGAUGGAGGUCCAGCGAGGCCAUCAGAGACACAGCCUUCUGCAUGGCAUGCACACCCUAGCAUCCGGAAAGUUAUCAACUCUCUUUGGGGUCUCGUCAUAGCAUGUGCUGGAUGGGGUGCUCUCAUCCUGUUCAUCCACAAUACGUAUGAAAGUUACACCGGUACCAUAACCUGGAAAUCGUGGUCGUUCUUCCCCGACGAUCAGAAUUUCUUGUACAGCCUUGGAUACUCCCCUGAGCUCGGAUGGGGACCCGGGCCGUGGAUUAUGUGUUAUAUCAACCUGGCUAUUAUCCAGGGACCGUUAACACUUUGUCUGCACUGCUCUGAGCUCAUCGCAAAUGUCAUUCGAGACGAAGGGCAUUGGAGAUGCGGCACCGAACAAAAAGGGAUUACACCGGCGACGAACCCGCUGAAGUCGGUUAUUGCCAAUCCGCUCUGUCUUGCGCUUUUCGUCGCGAAGCCUGCGCUACACUGGGUAUUUGGGCUUUGUUUCGUACUCCGUGCCUUUCAAGUUGGGCCUCCUGGUAUCGACAAUCCCAACGAUAUCAGCACUGCGAUAAAUAUGUAUCCAAUGCAGAUCUUGAACUUAUUUAUAGUGCUAUUUGUGUUCGCCUGUUUCUUCACUCUCGUGGCACUGCGCCAACGGCGCGGGCCUCAGCCAGCUGCAUACGGCCACCUCCAGACACUGUCCAACCUCGUGGAUGAGUGGACGCCUGUGAUGUGGUGGGGCCACAAGGAAGAUGGAAUCCCGUAUUGUCACGCUGGUAGGGUACUUGUACGGUAA